AUGGCCUCUCAAUUCAUCCAGUACCUCCGGGGCGAUCAAAACGCCCCAGGGGAGCGAAAGCUUAUCCAGAAGCUGGAUUUCUUCAUUUUGACAUUCUGCUGUCUUAUGUAUUUCCUUAAUUACCUGGAUCGCUCCAACCUCAAUAAUGCCUACGUCUCCGGAAUGAAAGAAGAACUCGACUUCAGGGGAAACCAGCUCAAUCAAAUAAACACUGUCUUUACCGUAGGCUACACUAUCGGCCAAGUGCCGUGCAAUAUCGCGCUGUACUACAUAAAACCAAGGAUCUUCUUUCCUUCAUGCAUGGUGGUAUGGGCUGGAUUGACCAUGGCGACUGCUGGGGCCCAGCAUCCGCGCGAUAUCAUGACAAUUCGCUUUUUCCAGGCCAUAUUUGAGGCUUCUACAUUCGUGGGAACCCAUUACAUCCUGGGAUCCUGGUAUACGGAACGCGAACUGGGAAAACGCUCUGGGAUCUUUACAGCUUCAGGACUUGCUGGCACGAUGAUAGGCGGCUUCAUCCAGACUGGUAUCCAUUCCAGCUUGAACGGACGGAAUGGACUCUCUGGCUGGCGCUGGCUUUUCAUUAUCGACGGGAUCAUUACGCUUCCUGUUGCCAUCUACGGGUACCUUCUAUUCCCCGACACCCCCAAGAACACGAGAGCUCCAUACCUGACUGCGGAGGAGAAAGCGCUCGCAAUAUCGCGGGUCCCGGAGGUGUCCGAGCGCACGCCUAUAUCCUGGAACUUCCUGAAAUAUUGCUUUUCGACCUGGUAUUGGUAUUUCUUUACGGUCCUCUGGAUCAUUGCUGGGGAGACCGAGUCCUUCAGCUCCAACGCUCUCUUGGCCUUGUACAUGAAGGCGCAUCCGACUAUCAAGUACACCGUUUCCCAACUUAAUAACUAUCCAACGGGAGUGCCAGCGGUUGGCAUUGUAUCGACUCUGUUCUGGGCCACUUUGACGGACUUCCUGGGCGGAAAGCGAUACCUUGUGGGAUAUUGGAUCGGCAUCACUGGAGUCAUCACUAGCGCUUUAAUCUUAGCCUACCCCCACAACACCGCGAUUCAAUUUGGCAUGUACUACUGGGCCGGAAGCGUUUAUGCCUGCCAAGCCACAUUUUUCGCAUGGUGUAAUGAUGUUCUGCGCUACGAAGAAGACAGUCUGAGAGCGGUCGUUAUUGCCAGCAUGAACAUGGGAAGCAACGCGGUAAACGCUUGGUGGAGCAUCUUAUUUUACGGUGCAAAUUUCGCUCCCUACUUCACUCGGGGCAUGUGGGCAAUGAUUGCCGUCAGUAUCGCCAUGGCUAUGUGGACAGGCUUACUUGUGUGGAUGCAUGUUCGAACUGAGAAGAGACGAGAGAUGGAAAGUUCAACGACGCCUGGGGCAGAGAAAGAGCAUGCGAUCGGCGCACCUGAUGAGAUCAACAAAAGCAGCCAACUUGAUGAGAAGGUUUAG